GCGAGACUUACCUGUUGACACGCCAUUGUGUAGUUAAGAUACAAUUGCAAAAUAUAAGAAAAUCGGGUUUAUAAAGACAAGGAAAGACCCACAUGUUUAUAUGGUUAGAAAGAUACGAUUUUAGUUUGUUGUACCAUUUACUACAGGCAUGGUUAGAAAGAUACGAUUUUAGUUUGGUUAAAGGCAAUACGUUCAGCUGAUUUCUGUUACUGAUGUUUUCUGACGAAUGUAUAUUAUAGUGCAUUCAAUGUACUGACGAGAUUACUUCAUAAUCAAUUAAACCUCGUAUUUUGGAUUGUUAUGGCAUGUGGUGUUAUGGCUAUAAUUUGAUAUCCUCACCUGAAUUACCAAAUUGUUCCAUGUCUUCCUGGAAACUUUAUGCCAAAUAGAUCAUCAAACAAAUAAAAUAUGGCUUCCUGCAAGGCAUACAAGUUACUGACGCGAUUACUUCAUAAUCAAUUAAACCUCGUAUUUGGACUGUUAUGGCUAUAAUUUGAUAUCAUCACCUGAAUUACCAAAUUGUUCCAUGUCUUCCUGGAAACUUUAUACCAACAAGGUCAUCAAACAAAUGAAAUAUGGCUUCCUUGAAGGAAGACCCAUCAAAGAGGACAACAGACGAAUGGAUAAAGAGGCCAGAAACCCAGUCUCCCGAUCAAAAUAUAUUGUUACCAGAAAAAGAAGCUUCUUCCAGCCACUUACCACACGGAUUAGCACCCGGACAGGCCAUGGUACACAUGUCAACAUUUAAAGGCGAUGCUGCACAUAGUAGUAUUUGUAAGGAUGCGUUACAAGAAGCUUGUAGACAUGGGCAAGUUGCCGAUGUUAGACAUCUGAUAGAUCAGGGUACAGAUGUCAACAGUAAAGACGUAUUUGGUAGAACAUGUAUCUUACUUUGUAGUAUAUCUUUCAUUGAACCCAUUGAAAAAAUAAACGUUUUAAGUUCAAACGGGGGCAAUAUCCAAGAUAUUGAUCAUGAAAACAAUGGUAUAUUGCACUUGGCUUGUGAUUUAGGUAUGCUAGAAACAGUUCAGUAUCUUGUAGAUAUAGGGUUAGAUAUCAACUCUAAAGGUUUCAGAAAUAGAUCUUGUAUCAUGGCGUGUAGUCAGUCUAAAACGCAAGCAACUGACAAAAUCGAAUUGUUACGGAAAAUGGGGGCCAAUAUUCAUGAUACAGAUGUACAAAAUGAUGGUAUGUUACACUUGGCAUGCCUUAGUGGUACGUUAGACACUGUAAAAUAUCUGAUAGAUUUAGGUUUAGAUAUAAACACAAAAGGUUUUAAAGAUAGAACAUGUAUAUUGUUAUGUAGCCAUUCUCAAAUACAGGCCAUUGAGAAAAUAGAAUUAAUAAAGUCGAAGGGUGGUAAUAUAUAUGAUACUGACGGUGGAGGCAAUGGUAUGUUACACUUGGCAUGUGUUUUUGGCACAUUAGAAACUGUAAGAUAUCUGGUAGCUCUAAAGUUGAAUAUAAAUGCUGAAGGCCCUAAAAGUCAACCAUGCAUCUUAGAUUGUAGUGAAUCUGAAAUACAAGCUGUCGAGAAAAUAGAAUUUUUAAGGCUAAAGGGAGGUAAUAUUAAUAAUACUGAUGAUCAAAAUAAUGGCAUAUUACAUAUAGCCUGUGCUUUAGGUACAUUAGAUACUGUAAAGUAUCUGAUAGAUUUAGGGUUGGAUAUAAACACAAAAGGUUAUAAAGGUAGAACGUGUAUUUUACAAUGUAGUGUGUCAAAUAUACAAGGCACUGAGAAAAUAGAAUUAAUAAAGUCGAAGGGGGGUAAUAUAUAUGAUACUGACGAUAAUAAAAAUGGCUUAUUACACUUAGCCUAUGCUUUUGGUACAUUAGAUACUGUAAGAUAUCUGGUAGAUUUAGGGUUAGAUAUCGACACAAAAGGUUGUAAAGGCAGAACGUGGAUCUUACAGUGUAGUCUAUCUAAAACACAAGCCAUUGAGAAAAUAGAAUUUUCAAGGUCAAAGGGAGGUAAUAUCCAUGAUACUGAUAAUCAAAAUGAUGGUCUACUACAUCUAGCCUCUGCUUUUGGUACAUUAGAUACUGUAAAAUAUCUGGUUGAUCUAGGGUUAUAUAUAACCACCAGAGGUUUUAUAGGUAGAACGUGUAUCUUACAGUGUGGUCUAUCUAAAACACAAGCCGUAGAGAAAAUAGAAUUUUUAAGGUUAAAGUGUGGUGGUAAUAUAUAUGACAGGGAUGAUCAAAAUGAUGGAAUAUUACAUCUAGCCUGUUAUUUUAGUACAUUAGACACUGUAAAAUAUCUGGUAGAUCUAGGGUUAGAUAUAAACACAAAAGGUUAUAAAGGUAGAACAUGUAUCUUACAGUGUAGCCUAUCUAAAAUACAAGCCAAGGAGAAAAUAGAAUUUUUAAUGUCAAAGGGGGGUAAUAUUUGUGAUAGGGAUGACAAUAAUAGUGGUAUGUUACAUAUUGCUUGUGAAAAUGGCACGUUAGAAACCGUUCAAUAUCUAGUAAAUCUAGGAUAUGAUAUAAACAUUAAAGAUGACUCAGGAAAUACGCCGGUUUCAUUAGCGGUUUGGUCUGAUACACAAUCUCUUCAAAAAGUUGAUUAUUUAAUCUCCAAAGGUGCCAAACUGUCGUGGUUCACGUGGUCAAUGCAUAGUAUUAGAACAGCACUUCCAUCUUAAUAACUUAGGCCCGUAUUUUCGAAAGUGCAUUAGUGCUAAUCAUAGAUUUAAUCUCUGAUUUUCUGACCAGCCAUAUUCUGAAAAGCUGAUUACAUGUUAAGCUAAGUUUAUUAAAAACUGAGUUAAUCAUUGGUCGAGAAUAUCAUAAAAUGUGCUAUUCUGGAACGUUGAAUUGUACUUAAUCAUUGACUAAAUCGCUCCAAUAUUUAGUCAUCUAGGUGGAGGUAAGGGGGGGGGGGGGUAGUUUAAGGAAGGAUUAAGUGCAUGGAUAUGCAAUUACAAUGUAUUGAAUGUUAUAGAAAUGAUUAUUUUUCAUUGAAUUCAGACACAUUGCACAUAUAUUUUGCUACGAAAGCAACAGGUUUACAUUCACCGUAAAUUCUGUUAAAAAAGAUUUUUGAAAUAUUAAACAUUCUCUAUAAUAUCAAGCAUAAAUAUUUAUGUAUACUUUAGUCAAAAUUAAUAAACGACAAGAAAAAAAAAAUAAUUUUUAGAAAUGGCAAAGAACCUUUUAACAAAAGGAAUUGCAAAGAAAGGAGCACAUCAACCUCUUAGCACAAAAGGGAACCAACAGCAGUCAUUUGAGCAGUCAACAAGGGUUGUGCUAUUUUCUUUUCUUUGGUCCGUAAUAAAAACAUUUACGACUCUAAAAUCUGAGUACGAGUUACAACCAAUUAAGUAAUUAUCAGAAAUCAAUAGAAUUUGUUUGGCUUUUACUAUACAAACAUUUAGUAUCAAGGGCCAUAACUCUGGAAGUAAUUAUCGGAACGCAUUGGCAAUCAAUAGGCCUCCUCCUCUCCUGAAGUUAAACAUCGUGUAUAAAUUUCAAAUCAAUCGAAUAUUAACUUAAAGCAUCCACAAAAUUUUUCAAAGUGAUCAAGGGCCAUAACCCUGGUAGUAAUUAUCGAAAAUCGUUGAAAAUCUAAAGGCUUCCUCAUCGCAUGACCCUAGACACUGUAUAUAAAUCUAAAGUCAAUCAGAUAUCAAUAUUAGCCUCUAGAGCGUUCACAUUAUUUUUCAAAGUGAUCAAGGGCAAUAACACUGACAGUAAUUAUCGGAUAUUGAUGGAACUCAAAAGGCUUCGUCAUCUCAUGACCUUAAAUAUUCUGUAUAAAUCUGAAGUCCAUCGGAUACCAACUUUUUCCAAAGUGAUCAAGGGCCAUAACUCUGGCAGUAAUUAUCGGAAAUCGUUGGAAAUCAUUAGACUUCCGCAUCUUGUGACCUUAAAUAUUAUGUAUAAAUCUAAAGUCAAUCGAAUACCAACUUUACCCUCUAGAGCAUCCACAAUAAUUUUCAAAGUGAUAAAGGGCCAUAACGCUAGCAGUAAUUAUCGGAAAUCGUUGAACUUCAAUAGGAUUCCUCAGCUUUUGAUCCUAAACAAUGUGUAUAAAUCUAAAAUCAAUCGGAUUUGAACUUUAGCCUCUAGAGCGUCCACACGAUUUUUCAAAGUGAUCAAGGGCAAUAACUCUGAUAGUAAGUAUCGGAAAUCAAUAGGUCUCUUCGUCUCGUGGCCUUAAUCACUGUGUAUAAAUUUAAAGUCAAUUGGAUACAACUUUUAGCCUAUGGAGUGUCCACAAGAUUUUUCAAAGUGAUCUAGGUUCAUAACUCUGGAGGUAAUUAUCGGAAAUCGUUGAAAAUCAAUAGGCUUUUGUAUCUCAUGACCUUAAACACGUGUAUAAAUUUCAAGCCUAGUACUGAAUACAUGACAAAACCUAUAGAAAUAUUGAAGCAUUGUAUGCAAAGUAGAAAAGUCAGCAGUUUCUUUUGAUUUAGCAUAAUCUUUAUGUUUAUUUUUUUCCAAUGUGCCCACAAUGGCUUUCUUUUUGUCAAUAAAAAUUAGCUGUUCAAGCAAUCUUUUCGAUGUGAGAGAUUUAAGAAAUGAAAGACAGUCGAGUUCUUUUAAGCUUGAUAAAUCAACGUUUCACAUUUUUAUACAAUAAUUAACGUUUCUAAAUGACAUUUUAUAUGUAUGGCACUCAGUUCAACAGUUGUAUAAAAAAAAUGCAUAUUUUUUUUGUGUCUCAAUAGGUUAAGCAACUCGUAAAAAUUUGUUAUAAAUAAUAAUUACUUUGUAAUCUUUCAAAAUUUCCCAUAUCCAAAGAAAACCAGAAUCCCACUACAAUUAUACGCUCACAUUUUCAUAUGGACGUAUAUUGUCGUCGCCCCUGUCCGUCCGUCCACAAUUUGUUUGUGGACACGCAACAGGUCACAAUGUUUAUCUGAUGUUGACAAAACUUGAAAUAUAGGUCUAUCUCCCAAAAGAUAUUGGUUCCUGUCGAUAUUGGCAUAUAUCGAACCAUAACUUCAUGGAUUAUGGCCCCUGAUUGUACGAAAAAUCACGUUUUAGCUUGUCACAAUUUUGAUCCGAUUUUGAUUAACCUUGAAAUGCAUGUUUAUAACCCAAAUAUCUUGUUGCCUUCGAUAUUCGCGCAUAUCGGAUCGUACGAAAAAUCGCGUUUUUAGCUUGUGGUUCCUCUAGAGGUCGCAAUUUUUAUCCGAUUUAAAUAGUGUAAAUAGUGUAAAAUAUGGCAUAUCAAGGUCACAAUUUUCAUCUGAUUUUGAUGAAUCUUGGAAUGCAUGUUUAUAUCACAAAGAUCUUGGUUGCUGUCGAUAUUCGCUCAUAUCGGAUCGCAAAUUCCGGAAUUAUGGUACCUGAUUGUACGAAAAAUCGCGCUUUUAAAUUGUGGUCCCUCUAGAGGUCACAAUUUUUAUCCGAUUUAAACAAACGUUUUGCUUAUAGCCUAAGGACGACAGAGGCACGCCCAUCUUUAGUAUAUAGCGCCUAAACGCCACAAUCCUAAAUAUAUUAUCUUGGAACUUACCUGUUCCUUACGCCCUAAGGACGGCAACUAUUGAUUUUGGUGCAUGAUGCUCCCCGCUUGGACAGUGUCACACCCAAUUUUAUUUUAAUACUUUGUCUGUAUAAUCUACAGGUUGCAAUCAGUAACAUAUGGAUACAAAUCAGCAUGACCCAUUUCCAGGGUUGUACCUAUUUAUAUUCUUCCAUAUCCAACCCUGAGGGGCCGAGCGACGCCGAUUUUUAUUCGCCCACAUUUUCAUGUGGACAUAUAUUGUCGUCGCUCCUGUCCGUCUGUUCGUCCACAAUUUCUUUGUGGACACUCUACAGGUCACAAUAUUUAUUCGAUUUUGACGAAACUUAAAAUAUAGGUCUAUCUCCCAAAGAUCUCAGUACUGUCGAUAUUGGAAUAUAUCGGACCAUAACUUCAUGGAUUAUGGCCCCUGAUUGUACGAAAAAUCACACGUCAAAAUCGAAUAAAUAUUGUGACCUGUAGAUUGCCCACAAAGAAAUUGUGGACGGACAGGAUCGACGACAAUAUAUGUGCACAUGAAAAUGUGGGCGAAUAAAAAUCGGCGUUGCUCGGCCCCUGAGGGUUGGAUAUGGAACAAUAUUCCUCUCAAUAUUUGCGCAUAUCAGAUGGUAACUUCCUGAAUUAUAGCCCAUGAUUGUACGAAAAAUCAUGUUUUUAGCUUUUAGCUUGUGGUCCCUCUAGAGGUCACAAUUAUCCGAUUUAAAAAUAAACAUUUGAAUUUAUAAUCG